UGAAGGACACACAAAUAUUGGAUCAUAAAUAGGAGGAGAGCCUGGCAAGCUCAGAAACCCAACCUAACCGGAGCAGCAUCAAGAAUCCACCCUUCUCCAGCACAGCUCUCUCCCUUCCCAUCUCCAGAAUACUGACUUUGAGAUAAAAAUCUUACCCCUUCAAUAAGACAAGACUCCUCUAAAGGACACAUAUACAAAAUAGCAUAUAUUAUUAUUAAUAAACACAAUAAAUGCGUACCAUUCAGCAGCAGGAAAAGAAAAAGGCAUCUGCACAAUUCACUCCCCUACUGAAUGCUAAGAUUCUGAGGUAAAAUCUUCCCAUAUCCACAGCAAGGACUCCUGAACAGGACACAAAUAUAUAUUAGAUUAUAUAGAAUAUAUUAAAUUAUUCCAGACUUAAUUUUUUUUCCUUGCAAGAGGUGGAGGGACCAUACGUCAUUGUAUCUCUUUUCCUCUUAACUCGUUUAUGGCCGAGUCAAGGCUGCUGAGGUAAAAAACAGGAUAGUUAAAAUCUCUUUAUCCCUGUUCUCAGAAGAUUUUUCUCCUAUUGAUGAGCAUUUCCUUUAGGAAAAGGAAACAUUUUAUUUUGCUAACCAAAGAUUUAUUUUUCUUUUCCUUCUAACCAGGGGAAGGAAGCAAAUUGACAAUACGUUUAAAUAUUUAAAGAGAUUUAUCUUUGAAAGAACCCAAACUUGCAUCCCAAUUGGAAAUACCCAGUUGGGUGUUUUGGAAGAAGAAACUGGAAUAUCUAGAUUAAAACAAGAUAUUUGCUAGUUUUUGGUGGAGGAGAGAAACACUAAUCAUUUUUUUUACAAGAGAAAAUAAAAUUCUAAAUAUAAUAAAUGGGGGAUUACGGGUUUGGUGUGUUAGUGCAAAACAACACUGGGAGUAAGUCAGCUUUUCCAGUGAGAUUUCAUCCACAUCUGCAGCCUUCACACCAUCAUCAAAAUGCAGCCCCCAGUCCUGCUGCUUUUAUAAAUAAUAGCACAGCUGCCAAUGGCAGUAGUGCUGGGUCAGCUUGGCUCUUUCCUGCUCCAGCUGCCCAUAAUAUUCAGGAUGAGCUUCUGGGGUCAGAAAAAUCUAAAACUCAGCAACAGGAAAAGCAAGAGUCUCUAGAAAAACAGCAGCUUUCCCCUAGCCAGAGUCAGGAAGCAGGCAUGCUGCCUGAACCUGAGAAAACUAAAUCUGAGGAAAAUCAGGGAGACAAUUCUUCAGAAAAUAGCAAUGGGAAAGAGAAAAUAAGAAUAGAAUCACCAGUGUUAACAGGAUUUGAUUAUCAAGAGGCUUCAGGGCUAGGUACUUCAACUCAACCCUUAACAUCCACUGCAUCUUCUCUGACUGGUUUUAGUAACUGGUCAGCAGCUAUAGCUCCUUCUUCUUCUACAAUAAUCAAUGAAGAUGCCAGUUUUUUUCACCAGGGAGGGGUCCCUGCUGCCUCAGCUAAUAAUGGUGCUCUGCUAUUUCAGAAUUUUCCACAUCAUGUCAGCCCUGGCUUUGGAGGUAGCUUUUCCCCUCAGAUUGGACCCCUCUCUCAACACCACCCUCAUCAUCCCCAUUUUCAGCAUCAUCACAAUCAGCAUCAGCAACAGAGGAGAUCGCCUGCAAGCCCUCAUCCACCUCCAUUUACACAUAGAAAUGCUGCUUUUAAUCAACUGCCUCAUUUGGCUAAUAAUCUUAACAAACCACCUUCUCCAUGGAGCAGCUACCAAAGUCCAUCACCUACACCAUCUUCUUCAUGGAGCCCCGGUGGUGGUGGAUAUGGUGGGUGGGGAGGGUCCCAAGGGCGAGACCACCGUAGGGGACUGAAUGGUGGGAUAACACCUCUGAACUCCAUCUCACCCCUAAAGAAGAAUUUUGCAAGUAAUCAUAUCCAGUUGCAGAAGUAUGCUCGACCCAGCUCGGCCUUUGCUCCGAAAUCUUGGAUGGAAGAUAGUUUGAAUAGAGCUGACAACAUAUUUCCAUUUCAGGACCGCGCAAGAACUUUUGACAUGCAUUCACUGGAGAACUCUCUGAUUGACAUAAUGAGGGCUGAAAACGAUUCACUGAAAGCAAGGACAUAUGGGAGAAGGCGAGGUCAAUCUUCACUGUUUCCAAUGGAAGAUGGGUUCCUGGAUGAUGGACGUGGGGAUCAGACUCUUCAUAGUGGGUUAGGAUCACCACACUGCUUCUCUCACCAAAAUGGCGAAAGAGUGGAACGAUAUUCCCGCAAGGUGUUCGUAGGUGGACUGCCACCAGAUAUUGAUGAAGACGAGAUCACAGCUAGCUUUCGUCGCUUUGGUCCUUUGAUUGUGGAUUGGCCACACAAGGCAGAAAGCAAAUCCUAUUUUCCUCCUAAAGGAUAUGCAUUCUUGCUGUUCCAAGAUGAAAGCUCUGUACAGGCUCUGAUUGAUGCAUGUAUUGAAGAAGAUGGAAAACUCUACCUUUGUGUCUCCAGCCCCACUAUCAAAGACAAACCGGUUCAGAUCAGGCCUUGGAAUCUAAGUGAUAGUGACUUUGUGAUGGAUGGUUCGCAGCCUCUUGAUCCACGAAAAACUAUUUUUGUUGGAGGCGUUCCUCGGCCAUUACGGGCAGUGGAACUUGCAAUGAUAAUGGACCGGCUGUAUGGAGGGGUGUGCUAUGCUGGAAUUGACACAGAUCCUGAGCUGAAAUACCCAAAAGGAGCUGGGCGGGUUGCGUUUUCUAAUCAACAAAGUUACAUAGCUGCUAUCAGUGCCCGCUUUGUUCAGCUGCAGCAUGGAGAGAUAGAUAAACGGUCUGAAAUCUUUCAUGGAGUGUUGAAAGUAAUUUCAAAAAUGCUUGAAGAAAAUGAAAAGUUUAGAGGCAGACUGUUGACUUGCAGUCCAUUUAAUGUUGAAGGAUGAGUCUGUCUUUGGAUGGAUGUAGCAAAGAAGUUAAUGAAGAUUCAGUUUCGAGUGUUGCAUUGAAUUAGUUUCGUUUUAGACCUUAUCUAACAACCAUCUGAUACUAAUGAGAAAGCUAACAAUGAUUUUCAGUGAGCAUUGAGUCAGAGUCUAUAUAGUUUGUCUAGCAUUUUCACUUGAGAGCUACAUUUUAAUAUGGCUUUAUUAAACUUUUCAGUGAGAAUACUGUUUUAUUGAAAUUUUAUUAAGCAUUGGUCAUAGUUAAUUUUGAAGGCUUUUUAAUGAUGAUGGUUUGUAUUCAAAAGAAUAAUAUUUUGUGUUAAUUAUAUUAUAAAUAUAUAAGUUGUACAAUCAGCAGCUUGUCAGAAUUGUUAACAAAUGUGAGUUUAAUACAAUAAAAUUUCAUACAAGAUGUCUCUCUAAAAUGAAUGAACCACUUUCAUUCUGUUGAUUUUAAUAUUUUUUAUUUUAUUAAAUUUAAAUAGUGUACAACCAACCUUCUGUUCAUUCAUCCAUUGACACAAGAAUCUUCGCAGUUAUUUCAAAUAAGAAUCCAAAUGAAUCCUCUCUGCCUGAUCAUUCAUCAUCAGGCACAUAAUAGUAGUUUCAAAAUGUAUUUAUUUGGGUUCCCUCAAUUGUAACAUGGCAUGAUUUUCUUGUGUUAUGGAAGCUUACAGUUGGAGUUUUGAUUGACUGAAGUAUUUUUAACUGGUGGUUUGUGUAAAUGGAACAAAGAAAUCACAAAAAUAAUUUUUCUGUAUGUGCAUUCUUAAACCUUUCUUGUUCUUAUGAAAGAGCUGUUAUUCAUUUCAAAACGUCUCAGCAUUUGCAGAUAUAAUGACUAGAAUUUCAGUAGUGUUGAGCUUUAAUAACAUGCUAGUGGCUGUGUCAUCAAGCAGCAAAGCACUUGGGAGGGUUUAAAUUCAGUUUUCCUAAUGAUAAACUGCAAGUAAAUAACUAGACUAUACCUUUUUGAUUGAGUACUCUGGCAUUAAAGUUCUCACUAUGAACAGUGAUUUGUUGUAGAAUAAUAUUUUAAUGUUACUCAAAAUAGUUGACAUUUCAGCAUGGGGCAAGAAAAAUAUUCAGAUAAGCGCAUGCUCAUUUUUUCAGGAAGAGUAAAAAUUUGUAAGUCCCUUGAUAUUUACUUAAUACACAAUGUUGUAGCUUUGUUGAUCCCAGGAUAUUAGAGAAACAAGCUUGGUGCAGUAAUACCUUUUAUUGAACCAACUUCUGUUAGUGAGAGAGGCACGCUUUUGAGCUUUCACAGACCUUGAAAGCUUGCCUCUCUCACCAACAGAAGUUGGUCCAAUAAAAGAUACUACUAGCAUAUCUUGUCUCUUUAUUUGCUUAAUAGGGCCAGAUAUUUUUAUUGUUUAUGAGUUGUUCACUCUAUUUCUGCAGUUCUGAUCAUAUGAAAAGCUGUAUGAAGCUUCUUAAAUAUACAUUAAAUCCAAGGUUGUGAGCUCUAUAGUUGAUGUUAUUUCUGAGUAAACUGCCCCUACAGACAGCAUCCUUAGUGGCACAGCCUAAAUAGCCAUGGAGAUUAAACCUCUCUCUAACCUUUAUGAUUGGUCCUUCUUGAGGAGAUGAGAAAUACUUUACCCUGGCAAUGUGAAGGAAGAAUGCCCAUGCUGUUCAUGUUCUUUGGAUAAAAUAUAUAGGCUUCCCUCUCCAGAGCUAUGCUAAAUUUAGUUUAAAAGGAGACAAAAUUACACUACAUAACAAUGGGCCAGAUUCUUCAGUAGUUCCGACAUUCAUGUAUACCUGCCUAAAGUGGGUGUAAAUAUCUGCUGCUGUUAUUUGGUAAUGUUACCUCCAUAGUGCACAUGUGCCAGAAAAAGUCAUUUACACACAUGUCAGUGCAAGGAUGAGAGAAGAUCAUUUGAACUUGCCCUAUUCAGGGGCUGUUGGGGUGAGCUAGUUGAACACUCGGUAUUCUAUUGCAGUUUUAGUGUGGCUUGUUUGGAUCUUUACAGGGAUUCUAAACAGCUUGGGUUCAGGUUGGCCAGGGCCACUCCCAUCUCUGAUCCCCCUCUUUCUUUUCUCUGGCAUGCCUGUGCCCUGCCUCCACUUCACUCCCAGAUCACUUCAGAAUGCCCUCUAUACCCAGGGGUGAAGGUAGGUAUAGCAUGCCCUUGCACUGAGCAUAUUCUCUGGGGCACUUAAUGCUUUGUUUUACAGUCCCUUUAUGUCAGUUUCACUAGUACAUAGGGAUUGCAUAGUAAUGCUGAAUAGCACCCACUAUCUGAGUAGUAAUGAAGUCUGGCUUCUGACAAUAGAGGCCUGAUUACAAAUACACGGGUGUGAACAACAAGUAAUUCUGCUUACGUCAAAGGAGUUAAACUUCUGAAAAACAAAUCUGAAAAAAGAAUCAGCUCCACUAUGUAGACCCUAUGCAAACUGCAAUCCACACUAUGAACAUUAUUAACUCAAACACUUACAGUAUUCCAGUUACAGUAUUUUAUGUUUCUUAAUUUGAAGUACUAAAGGAAAACUGUAGAUAAGAGAAUGUGAAUUGUGUUGAAUAAUAACAUACCCAUGUGAAUGAGGCAAGUGACAUCUUGAGCAAGAAAAAAGAAUUGCUAUCCACAAGAAAUAAAUUAUUUUAAAAUGCAUUUAUUAAAAGGAACAAGGAAUAAACAGUGAAAUCUCAGGUCUGCACAUCAUAUAUGUCAGCCUUUAGAAAUCAAAUGUCAUUCCCCGAUAUCCUUUAACAAUUACCUGAGAAAAGAGAAUAAAAUACUAUAUAAUCUUGUUGUUUUUCAUAGGAAUAGUAUUUUUCAGUUUUAUUUUCAAAGUACAAGUCAGUUAAUUUGAGUUUUUAAUAAAUCUAGGUUGGGGUGUGUGCAGUACAAGACAAUAUAUUAAAUUAUGGGUAAUUAUCCAUACUUUGUAUUGAGAAGCCUGAUGCAUUGUAAAAGUUAGCAGUUUGUCCUAAGGUGGUAUAAUUCAGGUAUUGGUCUGAGCAGGUACUCUUUUACAUUCAGUUUACACUAGGGCAAAUGAUACAGUACAAUAGUUACAGAGCAAUGAAUCAAGUUAAUGGUAUGUGUGCGCUCUGGUUACCAGAGUCAGUAAUAUUCCUCUGCACUUCCAUACAGGAUCCUAUAACCUGAAAUCCACUUAGGACAUUAAUACUUAGCCAUAAUGAUUUUAAAUAAAAAUUAAAAAUGCAGAAGCAUUCAGCUGUUAUAGGAUUUUGAGCAGACUUUAGGACUGUGAGCAGACCUUGCAAUGUUCAAUUAGGAAAAAAAAUCAUAAUCAGCUAUAUUGGACAUUAAUAUACAGUGAAUUAUGCAUUUAGGGAAACCUAUAGGAAACCUGCCUGUUUUAACUUCUAAGCAUAGCCUCAAGGCUUUCAAUACAUGUUGCAUGACCUCUAAUUGAAGAAUGACCCUUAGCGGGCAAUUGAGUUUUGCUGCUCCUUUGGGACGUGACUUAAAACUGAUUUUGCGGUGUAUGUCAUUUUUUGUGUAUAGGUACAAUAGGUCUUUUAAGUAUGAAAGAAAACAGAAUUCCACUAUUUAUAGUUCUUAUAUAUAUAUUUGCAAUGACAUAAGCAACUGUGUAUUUUGGCUAGUUGUGUGAUUGUAUAAUCUAACUAGUUGCAAGACAGCAGAGCCUCAGUUUGCUGAGCAGAAUAGGUUUUGCACCAAAGCAUAGUAGCAAAUAAAACUAUUUUUAAAUAGAAGCUUAUAUCCUGGGAAAAAAAUCUCUGAAGAGCAUUAAAGCCAGCAAGAUUUUUCCAUAAAUGCUUACUAAGCAGCUGGUGACAGUGUCAUGGUGAUUAGAUCUGAUGAAAAAACUUAAAAAACAACAAAUAGUCCUGCAGCACUGCAGGGACUAACAACAAAUGUAGACAGUAUCAUGAGCUUUUGUGGGCAUAACCCACUUCUUCAUUUGCAGGACUAUUCAUUGUUUUUAAAGUUUUUUUCAGUUACAGACUAAUGGCUACCCCUCUGAAAGAUCUGAUGAAGACAAUACAUGUAUGACAGGUUUACUGCUUAAAUUAUAGCCGGUAAAAAUCAAUACAUGUGUUUACAUUUUCAUUUGGCACUGGCAAAAGAUAAGGUAACCUGUGAGGAAAAGGGAAUUAUUAUGCCUUGUUCGUGAGAUGCAAAGUGCCUCCUCAGGCCUGCGAAAUUCUGAGUGCUUUCACCUCCCAUUAAUUUCAGCAAUUCUUAGAACUGGACCUUUUUGCUUCUUCCAUAGGGUAUGUGGCAUGUCAAUGAGAUGUUAUGUGGUAUUGCUCUAGGUGUAUGUCUACACUGCAGAGUUUUUCCAGAAAAACGACCUUCUUUUUGGAAAAACGACACUUAUGUCCACACUGCAAUUGCAUUCUUUUGACGAGAAGUCAAAAGAACACAGGAGUUUUUCCAACAAUGUUAACCUAUUUCUACGUGGAAGAAGUCUUUUUCCAAAAGACCUUUCGGGAAAAGGUAUGUGGACAGGGAAAAGGGUUUUUUCCCGAAAGAAGAGGCCUCCAGGAAAAAGCA